AUGGAACAGACAGGUUUAUAAACCAGCAGUUUGAAGAGGAAAAGUUACAUAAAUUGCAGAAGUUACUUAUUCUUUUAAGAGGUUUGCCUGGUUCUGGGAAAACAACAUUGUCUCGAAUUCUGCUUGGUCAGAGUCGUGAUGGCAUUGUGUUCAGCACUGAUGACUAUUUUCACCAUCAAGAUGGGUACAGCAAAGCAAGCUAUCAAUCAGGGGAGAUCGCCGGUCAUAAUAGACAACACUAAUACACAAGCUUGGGAAAUGAAACCAUAUGUGGAAAUGGCCAUAGGAAAAGGAUACAGAGUAGAGUUUCAUGAACCUGAAACUUGGUGGAAAUUUGAUCCUGAAGAAUUAGAAAAGAGGAAUAAACAUGGUGUGUCUCGAAAGAAGAUUGCUCAGAUGUUGGAUCGUUAUGAAUAUCAAAUGUCCAUCUCUAUUGUAAUGAAUUCAGUGGAACCGCCACACAAAAGCACACAAAGACCUCCUCCUUCACAGGAGAGACAGAGAGAAAGAGAUUUGAAGAAAACUGGGCACAGGUUCAGCAAAGCCAGGAAGAGAAACAGAAAAAGAAGUAAAAAGCAGAACGGUCAUAAUAAAAUCAUGGAGGAAAACUCAUUUGAAACCUUAAAUUAUCUUACACCAGGAAUUCAGGACCCAUCUCAGAGUGAAGAGGAAGACUUAGAAGAGACCAAAAGGGAAUCAGAGUGUUCCUUAACUGUUGGUCUGAGAAAUGAAGUGGGAGAUUUUGUGAAUGUCCAUAAGGAUAAAAGACAGGAAGACAUAAAUUCUGAAAACAGUUUGCCAGAUGUUAUGUCUGUCGAGUUGGACAGUCCACCAAAGAAUUACCUCCCUAAAGAUAAUGAUGACUUGUUUCUAAGUUUGUCAUUGAUGCCAAAUGAAAGUUUCAUUUCUUGUCCAACAGUGAUUCAAAAUCUUUCCUAUGUAGCAAGCGAUGACUGUUCUGUCACAGAGGUAGAGGAGCAUAUUGAAAAUAGGAAUAUCAUGACAUUAAACACCCAGGACAAGUUUGUUGAAGCCCCAUGCUCAUUGAUGCAGAAGGGAGAGAUGGUAGAUGAGAGUCUCCUGAAUGAAACAAGUCCGUGCCGUCAGUAUACAUCCAGAACAUCAGAUAAAGUUUUAAGACAGGAACAAGCAGUAAAUACAACUAAAAACAAUAAUUGGGCUUUUUUCUCAAAUGAUUUGUCUGAUGGUGAUUUACAGUUGGGCUCUGAUAGACAACCCUAUUCUGGUAGCUGGCCUGAGGGGCCUCAUAAGUUUAUAUGUGAACAGAGACCAAAGAAAAAGAGACGGCAAAAGCUGGCUCAUCCUGACAGCAGGGGGCAGUUGAUCAAAUUGAUCUCCACUUCGGAAGGGCCAGGAAACAGUCCAGAGACAUUGAUAGAAGAGAAGCUAUCGAUAGAAAAUGAAGACUUGUCAUCUCCAACUGAGAAUAUAGAUUCAGUCGUAGAAACAGAGACAAAUAUCUUUCAAACCCACUUCUUUAAACUGGAUAUCCUGAAGAGUACCUUACAUUCAACAGAGAAUAAAAAGAGGAGGCAGAAAAGGAUUUUCAGUUUGGCACCAAACUUUAACUUACUGGAAGAGAGUCAUACCAAUGUAAAAGAAAUGGGGAAAUGUGACUUGUUAACAGAAAGCCAUGGACUAAAAAUUAUUUUGGAAGAAGAAAAAGAUGAAAUUUCAGAAAUAAAUAAUGAAGAGAAUAAGCAACACAUUAUGACCUUCGAUUAUCAUCCAUCGUGGUUUUACUUUGACAUUUACUUUGACAUUGUCAAAGAUUCUCUUCUAAAUGUUGGUGGACAAUUUUAUUCUUAUUACCUGCUAUUUAAUAGAGUAAGGCAUUCUGUGUAUUUUUACAGAAACCCCAUUCCUUCUCUUAUGCUACAGUAUCCGUCUAGCUUUUGGAAGAUAUCUUUUUCAGGCAAGAAACUGUUUUCGACUUUCAACUCUCAGAGGAGAGUAGAUGAUAAACUAAAUGAUGUAAGGUUUACUUCUUCAGAAAUUUUAAGUAGCCAGCCUGAUACUUUGUACUCUUUUGGUGUCACCUCUGAUCUUCACUCCUUAAAUGAAAGUUUUGUUGAGAAGCUAAAGUCCUGGGAAGAACCUAGGCCUUUACCAUUCCUACAAACUCAGGAUAACCAAGAUUUAACAAGCCCUGACUACUUUGAUUCUCUUGAGCUACCAUUAUCACAGGAGUUUGCCUUUCAACUAGUAAAGCUUUUUGGAUCUCCUGGAGUUCCAGUGGAAUCUUUGUUGCCAGAAGACUGUGUGGUUCCCCUCGACUGGAAGACACUGAAGAUGAUCUACCUACAGUGGAAGACGUCAGUAGAGAAAAGACAGAAGAAGAUUGGUUAAAAAAAAUGAGAAUUCCUUAAACUGUACUGUUGAAGAUCCUGUUCAUCAAGAAAGAGAGCUCAGUGCCAACCUGAAGGAUAAUGUAGAGUGAUAUAUUCAUUGGAGUGAAAUUGGUUUGAAUAAUCUGUUCAACUAUUCUGAUCAGUUUCCUGAAUACUAAUAAAAAACUCAGCAAAAGAGGUAAUAGCUUGAAUAAUUUAUUAUCUAAUUUUGAAGAUAUUUGCCCUAUUUUAUUUCAUGAAGAAAAUAAGACCCAGGAAACUUGAGUAGACUAUUUUUAUAAUUGCAUCAGAAUAGAAGGAUAGGCCCCUUUAUCCAAGCGUGGGUCAAUGAUUCCAUUUCUAGAAUUUCAAAUCCAGAAAGCUCUGAAAACCAAAAGUUUUUUUGUUUUGUUUCUUAAAUGUCUGGCAUUAAAACUAAGUUGGCAGCAAAAUUUGACCUAAACAGUCAGAUUAGUUUUACUCCUUAUUUACCCCAGUUAGUGUGACUUUUCAGACAUUUCACUGGAGAAAUAUUAAUGUGUUUAAUUACCAGGGGUGCCCUAGAUCCCCCCUUAGAACUUUCUGAAUUCUGAAACAAUUCUGACCUCAAGGAUUUUGGUUAGGGAUUGUGGGACUUGCACUAUACUACAGUAACUAUUAUUUUUAUUAUUGCUAUUAUUUUAGUUUAAUUGUACUUAACAGAUUUCAAAUAUGAAAAUUCAUAUUUGAAAAACAAGGUGUGAUUUCUCAUUAUUCAACAUGUAGGCAUUUAUGUAAUCCCUGUUUUCGGAAAGGGAGCAUUGCCUGCCUUAUCUUACCUUCUACUCUUCUCAUCUUGUUUUAUCUUCUCCAGGGAAUAAACCUCCAGGCUUCUCUAGAGGGCCGGCAGCUGCCUGACUGUGGAUGUUUGUUUCUUAAACAGACUUUUAACUGACUUCCCUAUUUAGAGCCCCACCUCCAGCCCUGAAAUUUCCAGUUCCUGAAAUUUUAGGGGUUAUGCAGAGUAAACAGUAUUUCUUCUUGGCUUUCUAUAAUUCAAGUUUUGUUUCUUAAUUGUUUUUCCAAAUUAGUUAACACUUAGCCUUUUGCUUUCCAGUUUUUAAUUAUUUUGUUGCUGUGAUCUUUUUCCUACAGUUUAUAUUAGUACUUAAAAAUAAUAAUCAUAUCCCCCAUUCUCCUAACACUCCCCCACCCCCACCCCCCACACACAAAAAAAGCGUCUACAUUCUCCUGGGGUUCAAUGAGAGAGUGGAAACUAACUAUUUGUGUUCCAUCUGCUUGGUUUGGAAUUGAGUGUUUUCUUUAAAAUAGCUCAACAUUUUCCCUAGUUCAUUUUGUACAGUUUCAGUUUAUCUUUCUGCUAGACCAUAAGUCUGAUUCAGAUAGAGACCAAGGUAUCCAAUGUUUGGUUGAACUCCCUGAGAUCUUGCUCUCUGUGCAGGCUCCUAGUGCUGUUGUGAAACUGGACUCACCUUUGGCCUAGAAUGGGAUGAUUUCAGAUAAGAGAUGAUCAGUAUUAGGGUUGAAACACAGAUGGCUGCAGAGGAGACUCUGGCAUCUGGGAAAUCUUUGCUGUCUUAGGGCUCUUCAGUAGCAACAUUUAUGGAUUUCUAAUGAAUACACCACCAUGGCUGUGCAUAAGGGUAAUAGUAUAAAUAUUUAACAGUGAGUAUGGCAUAGCUAAUGACCAAUUCUGAGAUUCUCUGACGUUUUGAAGCGUAUCAGCUAACUAUCCACCCAGGCUUGUACUUAGGGCCCAGGAUUCCCCUAGCUUUCUCCAGCCACUGCCUUUAUUACCUUGCCCUAAUUUCCAGAGUGGAGCUUUAGAAAAAUGGGCUGGGACUACUUUCCCCACCUCCCAGGCUUCCUCUUCAAAGCUUACACUCCUCAAGUGUCUCUGCAUAGUGGCAAAUACUUGGUGCUUGGAAACAGAUUAUGGUUAUCGCCUUGGGAGAGGCGUAUGACCUCAAAUAGAGAGAGGGAUGGGAUGUAGGAUGCAAGUGGUAAUGUGAGGUUAGAACGAGCAAAGUCAGUCUUAUCCAGAGGACAUUUCUGUGUUCGUAGACUUAUCCCAGGCCACCAAGUCCUGAGCAUUUCCCCUGUUGACUGAGGCUAGCAGACACUCUGCAUGACUGCCCUCCCAUUGUCCCCCUUCCCUAACCUCUUCCAGCUUCCUGUAUCCUUCAUCCAGGUUCUAGGGGAAGGACGAGGGAAGAGCCAGGAAGGAGGAGUUUUAGAGAGGCGCUAGCUACCUCUGAAUGGCCAAAUAGUGCAGUGCAGACUGGUGGAAGGUGAAAGCUGGAGGUGCUAGAGCAAUGAGGGGUCCCCCAGAGAAACAGCUAAGCAGGCACAGAUGGAUGCUUUCCUAUUCUUUCAAUUCAUGUCGUAUAUACAUAUAUAUAUGUAACAAGGUAAAAAUGUAUAUAAGACAUAUUUUUGAGUAAAAAAUCAGAUCAAAACUUUUGGUAGGGAAAUCAGAUAAAAGCUUUUGGUAGAGGAAGAAAGGACAUAGAAUAAGAAUUGAGAAGCUACUGCCUCUGUAUUUUAAAUGAUUCUACUCUGUUACAGGGUCUUUGGUUACGCUGCUUUGGAAGCUUCAUCUUGGUUUCAGACUUUCUGCCAUAUGGCAUCUCCAGGGGAAAAACCUGGGGCUGAUUUAAGCAUUCCAAAUUGUGGAGUAUUUGGAACUGUAGGUUCAAGGGUUAAAUUUCUGGUUUCUGUGAGCUCUUCCUGUAUACCCCCUUGUUUUUCCAUAUCUUGUUAAGCAGUAAUAAUUAAAGAAAAAUUUGAAUGUUUCUUUGCUUGCCAAAAACUACUUCUAAGAUUAUUUUCUUUACCUCAUCAUAGCCGUGGUUUGUAGGACAGCAAAGUGAGAUUGUGCUGGUCAUCACAUUCUAGAGAAAUAGAAUAGAACUUGGGAGCUGAAAAACCUGGCUGGAUGAACUGAGGGCAUGAAGGAGUGUUAAUCACAGGGGUCCUCUGACCCGGGGUAGCCCUCCUCUCCGGAGGCUGCCACCUCAUUAGGGCCAGUGAGGAUCUGACCGUAGACGUUAUCUGAGAGUACUGUGGCCCUCAGAACUGCUGAUGUGGUCACUGACUGUGUUUACAUUACUCCUCAGUUGAAGUUGUCCCUAUCUUUGUUCAGUCUUAAUCUUUAGUAAAGCCCAUGCUCAGAUUCAUUUACUGAGAAGGCAGUUCAGGUCCAUAUACAAUUAUUGAGCACCUCUGAAUGUCAGAUGCUGUGUUAGCUCUUGGGGUGCCAAGGGUGACACUGUCUUUGCCUUUGAACUUAGUCUAGUGGGAAGAAUCAGAUACACAAACAGCUUUAAACAAAUUGUGGUUCUGAGGAAUAAAUUGGGGGAAACAGAGCCUAUUGACUAGUUAAAUCUGAGAGCUAAGAGAAAGGAGAAGUGUCUAGGGUCACUUUCAGAUACUGCCAGCCAUUUUCUCCUUCUUCAGCUCUCCCUCCCUGAGGCUUAACAUGCUCUCGUAGAAUUCUGUCUGUCCCUUGUACUUUCUUUCUUUCAACAGAUCCACUUUGCGGGGGGCGGAGGUGGGGCACAGUCCUUAAGUGUGAUCCCUGAGCCCCGACUUCAGCUGUCUGCUCUAUUCUCCAUCUUCUCACAGCGCAGGAAUUUCCAAAGCUCUUGCUUCCAGCUCAAGACCUCUUUUCUAACAGCACACUCAUAUUUCCCAGCACCAACUUCAUUGCUCCAGCUGCCACCCACACUGAAGUCUCAGUGUGCCCAAACUUCUAGUCCCCAAAGCUGUGUGCCCUGCUGCCCUAUCCAUGCUGCCUGGCACACCCUCUACAGAAGGAAAUGGAGAUGGACAGGAGUCUCAUGCAACACUGUCCCACAGAAAUGUGUCAGCCACAUACAUAAUUCAGACUUUUCUACUAGCCACAUUAAAAAGCAAAAAGAAACAGAUGAAAUUAAUUUUAAUAAUAUAUUAACCUAAUGUACUCACCAUACUAUCAUUUCAACACAUGAAUAUAAAAGUUAUUGAGAUAUUUUACUUCAUUUUUUUCAUAUGGAACCUUUGAAAUUCAGCAGGUAUUUUAAUCUCACUUGAAAGUGAAAAGUGAAAGUGAAAGUCAUUCAGUUGUGUCCAAUUUGCGACUCCAUGGACUAUACAGGCCACGGACUUCUCCAGGCCAGAAUACU